CCUCCUCCUCCCCCUCUUCGUCUUCCUCCUCCUCCUCUCUUUGGUUUGGUUUGGUUUGCUCCCUUUCUCCGUGACUUGCGUCUCCGCCUCCACCUCUCUCUCUAGCGAUCACCAUCCAAUCCCUUCUCCUCCUCUUCUUCCGCGAAUCAAUCGCGCCGAAAUGGCUCCGCCUAAUCGCGCGGCCCCCAAUCCUGCCCUAAUCCCCAACCCGCCCGCAUUAGCCACCAUUUCCGCCGUUUAAUCCUGUCCCACCACCACCGCCGGCUUAGGGUUGCGUGGCGCCAUGGACGAGUACCACCACCGGAUGGGCGCCGCGGCCGAUUUCCGCCGCGACCUCGAGGACCUCGUCUGCGACCACCUCGGGGGCUGCUUCUCCCCGCCCUCCUCGUCGUCGUCGUGCUCCGCCGCGGCGGGGGGUGGGGGCGCCGCGGGCCAUGAGGCGGGCGAGGAGCCCGAGUCGUCGGCGGCGCGGAGGCGGAGGCGGGAGUCACGCCUCCUCAGCCGAUGGGUCGCGCGCCAGGCCGAGGAGGUGCUGUCCUCCAUGGAGCGCGAGGUGGAGCGGCGGAACCGGGAGGCCGAGCUCCUCGCGCUCGCGCGCCUCCACCCGGUCUCCACCCUCGACCCUUCCUCCUUCCUCCUCUCCUCGCCCACCGCGCCGCCGCCGCGCCCGCAGGCGCCCUCGCCCACCGCGCCCCCCUCGCUCCUACAGAUGUGGCGGGAGCUCGAGCACCGACGCUCCGACGCCGACCAGCCCUUCGACCGCGAGCCCUCUCCCGAUACCGCCGACCGCGAGCGCGUGCGUCAGAUCGCCCGCCGCCUCACCGCCAACACCGACGUCCCAACCGCUGCCGCCGCGGCGGCCACCGGGGAGUGGCUCGGCGAGACGGAGAGGCAGAGGGUUAGGCUUGUCAGGGAGUGGGUGCAGAUGGCUAGCCAGCCACGCGACUCCCGUGUGGCCUCGCGCAGGGAGGAGACAGCCGCGGGAGAGAGGGAGAGGCGAGGGGAACCUCCUCGGCUCCGUGGCCGACAGGCACGUUUGGAUGUUAUCACCCGGAUGGCCCGAGAGCGGCAACGCGAGCUGCAGGGGAUAUCAGGGUACCACAUUGUGUCUGAAUUCCCUCACCGCAGCCGCAACCGCAUCCAGGGGUUGCUUAGGGGGAGGUUCUUGAGGAACGUGGUGCUUCCUGUUGAGGAGGAGCGACCACCGUCUGUGGCAGCGAGGGAGCUCGGGCAGUUGAGGCAGAGCCAUCGUGUGUCCACUUUGAGAUCAGAGAGUGCUGUAAGUAGUGAAGAUGUUAGCCCGUCUGAUUCUUCUGUGGCUGAAAGUGUUGGAGUACUAGGUAGUGAUGAACCUCAACAAGGGGCUGAGGUCAGGGUUCUAAGUGGUACUGAGAAUACAAACCAAGUUAUGCUUGAGAAUGUGGGUUUACCGGAGGCUGAUGCAGAAAAUGCGGGCAUAGAGUCAGCAAGUGUAGCUUUGGACAACAUGGUUGAGAUGCAUGAAACUCAAGGUGACAAUGGGCUGCAAGAUGAGGCAGGACGAGAUGCAAGAUACUGGCAGCCAUCUUUGGAUGAUUCGCUUGAUAGGUGGCCCAAUGAAACUGCAGAGGAUGCUGAAAGAAAUUGGGAAGAUAAUGCAGAGGAAUUACGAAGUGAAACUAUGGAGGAGGAUGUCAGGGAACAUGGUCAUCUUCAACAUGAGCAUGAUGAAUGGCAUGAUGACGAGUCUCAUGUUUCCGAGAACUGGCAAGAUGAUUACCAAGAUUCUCCACUUGACAUGGGCCCCAUUCCUAGAACUGAAAAUAGAUUCAUCCCACCAGAUGAUGACAAUGUGUACAGCAUGGAACUGAGAGAAUUACUUAGCAGGCGAAGUGUAUCCAAUCUUCUUAGUAAUGGUUUUGGUGAAAGUUUGGAGCGAUUAAUAAGGUCAUAUGUUCAAAGACGUGGUCGUGGACCCCUCAAUUGGAACCUCGAUGGAGCCAUGCCAGCUGUGAAUUCACCAAAUGAAAAUCAGGAACCGGAGAGGAAUGCUGAAACUCGGCAAUUCCAAGCUCCUGUCAACAGGCCUGUGCUUGUUAUCCCUCCCCCACCUUUGCCACCACGACAGCCUUUAUGGCACAGAGAGUUGCGUAAUAACAACUGGAGCAGUAGACACAGGGUACAUCACAGAGAUCCCGAAUGGGAUGCCAUUAAUGAUUUGAAAGCUGACAUGGGUAGACUUCAACAAGGGAUGAGCAGCAUACAGAGGAUGUUGGAGGCGUGCAUGGACAUGCAACUUGAACUGCAACGUUCAGUGAGACAAGAAGUAUCAGCAGCCUUGAAUCGCUUUGCAGGACCUGAAGGGUAUCCGACAGAUCUGUCUGACGAUGGAUCAAAAUGGGAUCAAGUGAGGAAGGGAACCUGCUGUGUGUGCUGUGAUGCUCAAAUUGAUUCUCUAUUGUACAGAUGCGGGCACAUGUGUACUUGCUCGAAAUGUGCAAAUGAGCUAAUUCGCAGUGGUGGCAAAUGCCCAUUAUGCCGGGCUCCGAUUGCGGAGGUGGUUCGGGCAUAUUCAGUAAUGUAAAGUUGUGGAAAUACAAAUAGGGAAGGGAAUAAUAAAACUGAUGGAAAGCGAAGUUUUGCUGCACGAAGCUUUGUUCAGGAAAAGGGGAAACAAGAGCUCUGCUGCUGCUUCUUCAUUCUUUUUUCUUCUUCCAUUUUUGUCUGCCCUCUCUCGUCUUCUUCCUGUGUAUCUAUCUACAGGUUUACAUAUUUGUUGCCUUGCUGUUGGUCGCCGCGCAUACAGCAAAGGGCGUGUUAAUUGAUUGUUGGAAAGAGUUUGCCCUUGGGUAGGACUGACUGGAGUAAAAAGGAGAGCGGCUACCCAAUGUAAGUUCUUUCCCUGUAUUUAUGUCAACUGAACAGAAGAGACACUGGCAGUUACUCAUAUAGAUUCUUAAUCUGAUCCUACCUCUUUGACUGAA